AUUUUGUACCCCAUUGUUCUAGUACCCUCAAAUAUAUUCUGAUUGCAUCCGAUUGAACUGUCAUGGCUGCAACCCAAGCUGCCAAUCUGGUGGAGAAGGCCGUCGGACACAGUGGCAACGCCACCGUCACCACGGAUAUCAGCAAUUAUGCCGGCGAGCACGGCCAGGAGACCGGCGAGAAGAUCAAGGCGACCAUCUGGCAAGGGAAGAACCAGGUCGAGGUUGUGGAGAUGCCCAAGCCGAGAGUCGUGGAUGAAGAUGACGUCCUAGUCAAGGUCACCGGCAGCACAAUCUGUGGCAGUGACCUCCAUCUGUAUCACGGAGUCAUCCCGCAACUCGAGAAAGGCGAUGUGCUAGGCCAUGAAUUCUGCGGAGUGGUCGAGAGUGUCGGUCCCGGGGCGAAGAAAGUGAAGGCGGGGGAUCGCGUGGUGGCAGCCUUUCCCAUUGCGUGCGGCGACUGCAGGAAUUGCCAGAGGCAGCUGACCUCCCAAUGCGAGCGCACCAACGAGAAUACCGUCACCAACGCCAUGUACGGGAAGCGCACGUCAGGCAUCUUUGGCUAUAGCCACUUCACCGGGGGCUUUGCGGGUGGUCAAGCCGAGUACGUCCGGGUACCAUACGGCGAUGUGAACCUCCUCAAGCUGCCCGACGACGUCCCAGAUGAAAAGGCACUGUAUCUCUCAGAUGUCCUAGCCACCUCCUACCACUGCGUAGUCGACACCGGGGUGAACAAAGGCGAUGUAGUCGCCGUCUGGGGCGCCGGACCCAUCGGACAAAUGGUCUCCAGCUUCAGCUUCUCACAAGGUGCUAGUCGGGUCAUCCUCAUCGACGGCGGAGAAGGAGCCUGGCGCUUGGACUUCGUCAAGAGCAAGAUCCCGAAGCUCGAGACUUUGGACUUCACCAAGCUGCCUCGAGGCGAAUCCAUCACCUCGCAGUUGAAGAAGAUGGUUCCUGGCGGACCUGAUGUCGCGUUGGACUGCACAUCCGGCGAAUAUGCCAAGGGAUGGGCCCAUUACUUCGAGAUGCUCCUCGGAAUGGAGACCGAUACGUCAGAGAUGCUGAACGAGAUGAUUACCUCGGUUCGACCCUUCGGACGCAUCGGGGUCACGGGAGUUUAUGCGGGCUAUACAAAUCACUUCAAUAUCGGCGCGCUGAUGCAGACAGGAGUUCGACUCAUCGGUAACGGUCAGGCCCCCGUGCAGAAGUAUUGGAAACAUCUCCUCGACCUCAUCCGGAAGGAUGAAAUCAAUCCAUUGGAUAUCGUGACCCAUCGUGUCCGACUGGAAGAUAUGGACAAGCUAUACGAGUUGUUUUCCCAUCGCGAGGGAGGCAUGCAGAAGGUCUUUGUCCAGACUAAGCAUUCGGCUCAUCCGUCGACAGGGUCCCCGGCUCUCGUUGAUCUUUGAUUGGCAGAUUGCAGAAAUCAGCUCUUCUGGUGUCAGUGUCGGAGCGAUCUCGCACAUCGACCUUGUACUCUACAUGAUCAUGAUCCAUAGUACGAUUUACGAAAUAACUGCCCGCUGCAGUAAAUCUCAGCAGAUCAGAAGGUACGAAAUAGUGGAUCCCAAGGGAGAAGGAAAAAUCAGGGAAGGCAAACCGAAGGAUAGGGAAACAGGCGAUGAUCGGUGGAUGCGGAAUCCCCAUCACGGCCUUCCCCUUUGUAUCUACGAGCAGGAUUGCUUAGCAUGUACAUCAAAGCACACAUCACUAAUUCCAU